AUGGGAACAGGAGAAAAAGCUCCUCUGCCUGGAACUGCCUGGAAAUGGUAUUUAAGCCUUUUUAGACAUGGGACCGCAACAGGCAGCCGCUUGUCAAACACAACUUCAAAGGUGGCAACAACAACCGCUGCCACCUUGCUGGGUGCUGCCAAUUCGAGUGACUACCCGUACGAGUACUUGGAUGAGGAGGAUUACAUGCAGUAUGGCCUCUGCACGAAAGAAGAGGUACUCUCCUUCAGCAGAGUAUUCUUGCCAUCUUUUUACACUGUCAUCUUCCUGGUCGGGUUGGCCGGGAAUGUCCUCCUGUUUAUUGUCCUCAUUAUGUACAUCAAGAAGAAAAAGAAGAUGACUGAGGUGUAUCUGCUGAACCUGGUGGUUUCAGACUUCUUAUUGCUACUAACCCUUCCUUUUUGGGCUCUGUACAUUUCUCAGGGGGUGACCUGGGAUAUAUUGUGCCCGGUCUUAAAUGCCAUGUACACUGUGAAUUUCUACAGUGGUAUCUUUUUUGUGAGCUGUGUGAAUCUGGACAUGUAUCUGCAGGUAGUUCAUGCUUGCUCUCCUCGCAGCUCCAUGACACGGAGGAAGUCCAUCCUCGUGUUGGUGGUAUGGGUCCUUUCCAUACUUCUCUCCAUUCCUGAUGGCCUCUUCACCAGCACAAGGCAAAUCCACAACAAAGCCAUCAUGUGCUCCCAUGAUUAUGGCCAGAAACACUUAUUUUGGAAAGUUGUCUUUCGGGUCAUUCAAAACAUCCUGGGUUUCCUUUUUCCCUUCCUCUUCAUGAUGUUCUGCUAUUCCCGCAUAGCAUGUGUGCUCACCAUGUCUCAGAUGCCUCGCUCAAGGAGAGCACUCUGCUUAGUCUUUACUCUGGUGAGUGUCUUCUUUGUCCUGUGGUCCCCCUACAACAUUGUCCUCAUCCUUCACUCCCUGCAAGAUGUCGGUGUGAUCAGGAGCUGUGAAAGCAGUAGGCAAUUGGACUAUGCCAUGCAGAUCACGGAAAGUUUGUCCUUUGUCCACUGCUGUCUCAACCCCUUGCUCUAUGCUUUUGUGGAAAAACGAUUCAGGUUAUAUUUAUGGAAGAUCCCUCAGGCCAUUUUCAGGAGAUGUGCUUUCUUUGACAUCCAGCCCUCAGAGACAAGCCAGUCUUGCAGCAGAUACACAGCUGAGAUAGAAAUGUUGAGUAUCACAAAUGCAUGAUAAGUAUUUACAUUAUUUACGUUACGUGUAUGCCCUCUAUGCUGUAUUUUACUGGUCCUGGCCAUGCGAUGGAGUUGGUGUGAGCCCACAGCACUGCGUAACCAGAUAUUUCAUCCUGGCGCCAGCAUCGAGAUGAGGAUUUUCCACGUUGAGAUUGGAAAAAUAUGCGUGGGAUUUGUUUCUGUUGUAACUGGAAUUAUUAUAAAAGGAUUGCCAUGAGUUUAUGCUUGUGGAAGAAGUCCAGCUCCUGUCCAGAGUAUGUGAGGCAUUAGUGGAUGAAAGAGCAGCUUAUCUAGAUGUUGGGCCCUUAAAAAUGCAAAUUGAAACUUGUGCAGAACUUCUCCCCCAUAGAUCCCAAAAGGGUCUGAUGGAGGAGAGCGAUCCCAUUAUCCCUCCAGCUCAUGGUGUGGGCUGGGGAAUGGAUUUGCCACGCUCAUCCAUCAGGCGAGACACGGGUGGCCAGAAGCCCAGCCUCGGGGGUGGCUUUGCUUCUCCUGGCUUUUGCCAUCUGCCAGGUAGAUGUGUUCAACCGGGCUCAUCCCUUUGUCUACCAGGAGAGACAACGGGAGGAAUUAGGCACCUUUAAACUGAGUUGUCUGACAAUGAUGGGUUUCUCCGUUACGAUGAGCUGUGCCACACUCAGGUCUGCUGAGCAGGAAACUGUGUCUUUGGUGAGAGAUCCGUUCAAUCAUCAACUGAUUUGAGAUCAGUUCGAUCAGCAACAAAGUUCAAACCAGUAACGACCAGUGAGAAAGAGAAAAAAAACGGACUCAGCAGAACAGUGGUGGAGGUAUUUGCCUUCCCAAAGAUCUGUUUUGACAAGAUAAAAAAGAUCUAUGGAUACCGUCUUUAACAUAAAUAUUGGCUUUUCAACACCACAGAGUGAGAGCAUGGCCUUGAACAGAAGAGCACAGAUAGCUGUUAGCCAAUCCUUAUUACCCAGUGUAGCUUUGAAGUUGAAAAGUUAUUAGUUUGCUGACCUUUAUUUAAAGGUACUAUUCGCCUCAAAUACUCUUGAACCUUAAAUGCACCCUUUCCAGCCUGGAAACCUAUUGAGCAUGGGAGUU